CCGCCAGCGGCGCAUGCGUCCUUGGCCGGCGGGAGUUUUACUAGGGGCAGGGUUGGCGCCGGCGGGUAUUUAGGGCCGCGGACCCAGACUGGAAAGUAGUAGCGUACUUGCGCGGGCCGUCCGGAAGUAACUCGGCAUCGCGGAGAGAUACCUGAGGCCUUGUGUUUCGAGAACGGAGACUCAGUGCUGGACAGGCGUCGCUUUGAGGGUUCUUCACCCAGGAUGACUUCUGGAUCAGAGAUUGUAGAAGUGCUAGAAGAGGAACCAGUGACGUCUAAGACUCAUGAUCAUCAACUGGAAUCAGAUCCUAACACUGUGGAAGCCUGUAGUAAACCGCCUGCCUCCCUGGAGAUGACCGAAGGCGUUUCGGAGGAACAAAUUCACCUUGGCUCUAGCCCUAAAAGAGGGGGAAGUUGUGAUCUCAGCUACCAGGAAGGACUUCAAGCCAGGCCCUUUCAUUUAUCCCCCCAAGAACAGUCUGCCCAUCGUCAAGACAGGAGGCAAUCCUGGCGGCGAGCAAGUAUGAAAGAAACGAACCGUCGGAAGUCACUGCCUCCCUUUCAUCAGGGCAUCACAGAGCUCUGCAGAUGCAUCAGUGUCAAUGUAGCUGAAAGCAAGCGGCUGGGCUCUCUCCUGCUUUCUAGUUUCCAGUUCUCUGUUCAGAAACUUGAACCUUUCCUAAGGGGCACUGAGGGCUUCAAUCUUGAAAACUUUAGAGCCAAAGCAUCUUCUAUUUCUGAAGAAUUGAAACAUUUUGCAGACAGAUUGGAAAGUAAUGGAACUCUACAAAAAUGUUUCGAAGAUUCAGAAGGAGCAUCAGAUUUGUCUCUUGAAGCAUCAGUGGCUGAGAUGAAGGAAUACAUAACCAAAUUUUCCUUAGAACGUCAGAGUUGGGAUCAGCUCUUGCUGCACUACCAGGAGGAGGCUAAGGAGAUCACAUCCAGAGGAUCAACUGAAACCAAGACCAAAAAUACUGAAGUUGAAGUAGAACCUACAACAUAUCUUGGGUCUUCCCAGAGUGAAGUCCUUAAUACAAAGCCUGACUACCAGAAAAUAUUGCAGAACCAGAACAAGGUCUUUGAUUGUAUGGAGUUGGUGAUGGACGAACUACAAGGAUCUGUGAAGCAGCUGCACGCCUUUAUGGAUGAGAGUACCCAGUGCCUCCAGAAGGUGUCAGUACAGCUCGGGAAGAGAAGCACACAGCAGUUAGAUUCUUCACCAGCUCGAAAACUGCUCAAGCUUCAGCCCCGAGAACAACCAACCGCACAUUGCUCUAAAUCUUGUCAGUGACCUUUUGAAGCUUUACUGCCACAAGGUCCUCUAGAGGAGAGAAAUGGGAAGAAUGCCCCACUACUCAACUGGAUGGCAGGCUGAGCUGUGACAUCUGCCCUGUUGCCUUUGAAGAUUACUGGCUGACUAUGAAGCACUUUGAUUUUUUUUUUAAAGUGAUGGAACUUAGGCAUCUGAAAAAAUGUUAUGUAGACACUUUUUCCAAGAGUGUACAGAAUGAUUCAGACUUCUGCUUUGGAAUGACCUUCAGAACUAGUGGCCUCUUCUUUUAAAUAUCCUUUUUGAUCAGAACCUUUCCUUUUGUGAAGAUGUUUUUCAGGUUUUGAAACAACCCAGAGUCAUUCAGGACCAAAUCCAAUGAAACAUGGGGUCAUUCUGAUUGUAAAGGAAUGAGACUGAUUUUCUUGUGUGGCUUUGAAGUUGAUGGGGGGGGGGUGUCAGGUGGCUGCAUCUGAAGCACAUGGAGGUUCCCUGGCUAGGGGUCAAAUUGGAGCCUCAGCUGCUGGCUAUAGCCAUGGCAACGCCAGAUCCCUAACCCACUGAGCAAGGCCAGGAAUCAAACCUGCAUCCUCGUGGAUGCUAGUUGGGUUCUUAACCCACUGAGCCACAAUGGGAACUCGAAUUUUUUUUUUUUCUUUUAAUGAACACAUGUUGAAGAUUUAUUGACUCCUUGAUGAGAGAAAUUGGUAAGAUGGUAAAAGCUGGUUGAAAGAGCUUGAGGUUGAUUUUUUUGGUAGAAGAGUUGUGAGCAUUGUUUGCAUUAGGUGCAUGCAUGUAUCACUUCACAAAAUGUCCAAAUUGAGGGAAAUACCACACAUUCUCUAUAUCCUGAUGUUUAUAGUGUAUUUUAGCUUUUAAUAUUGAGUCAAAAUCCUAAAUCCUGAAUUUAUGGCAAGAAGAAGUCAAAUAUCUCCUUUCAUCAUUCUCUGUAUUUGUUAACAAUCUACAUGAUAAGAUUAUACAUACUUAAAAGAUUUCCCCAGAGUUCCCGUUUCAUCUCAGCAGUAAUGAAUCCUACUAGUAUCCAUGAAGACUCGGGUUUGAUCCCUGGGCUCACUCAGUGGGUUAAGGAUCUGGCAUUGCUGUGAGCUGUGUAGGUUGCAGAUGAAGCUUGGAUCUGGUGUUGCUGUGCUAUAGGCCAGCAGCUGCAGCUCUGAUUCUACACCUAGCAUGCUAGCCUGAGAACUUCCAUAAGUGUGGCCCUAAAAAAAAAAAAAAAAAAAAAAAAGCUUUUCCUUGUCCUUUGUGUGUGUGUGUAUUUUUAUGAUCACACUCACAACUUAUGGGAGCUCCCAGGCUAGGGAUUGAACCUGAGCUGCAGUUGGGACCUAUGCUACAGCUGUGGCAAUGCCAGAUCCUUUGACCCACUCUGCCAGGCUGGGGCUUGAACUCAUGCUUCUGCAGUGACCCUAGCCACUAUAUUUGGAUUCUUAACCCACCUACACCAUAGCAGGAAGUCCCAGUGUUUGUAUAUAUUUUGAAUGUAUAAAAAAAUUAAAAGGCAGGGAGGUCUUAGCAGAAAAUAGGGUUCUUUGCCAAGAUCUGGAAGUUAAGUAGUAGUGUAGAGAUAUGCCUCAGUGUUAACUACCAGUAAAACACCGACCAAUUUAUUGUUAAUGACUCAUUCUCAAAACCCUUUUCACCUAAUUAUCCAGUUGUUAUCCUGUCUUAAACCUUGGCCUAAGCACCAGUUAGUGAAAGGUGUCAUCUCCUUGCUUUAACCUCUGUUCUUUAUUCUUUCAUUAUAUUUAGAGCCCCUGCAGUAUGCUAUGCAUAGUUCUAGGAACUGGGGAGAGAGCAAAGAACAAAAACUGACAUGGGACUUCUUUUCAUGAUGCUCACUCACAGUCUAGUGGGGACAGGGAACAAGAAAAGACCACUUCUCCACAGAAGUGACAUUUUAGUUGAUUUGAGAAGGAUAAAGGAAUUAUAUGGGGCAGUUAUUUGAGGUAAAAGCAGUAUUUUCAAAGGCCUGAGGAGAGAAUGAAACGUUCUGUAGGAAAAGAAAAAAGGGAGUUCCCUGGUAGCCUAGCAGUUAAGGACUUGGCAUUGUCAUUGCUGUGGUUCGGGUUUGAUCCCUGGCCUGGAAACUUCCACAUGCUCUGAGUGGUGCCAAAAAACAAACCAAAAAAAAAAAAAAGACUAGUAGAGCAUGAAUGCUGACUGCCAAUGUAAGAGCCACCUGAGACAAAGAUAAUGACAAGUCAUUAGAAGGUUUUAAGAGAAGGAGAGGAAUUAUUUUUAAAAGAUCACCCUAGUUGCUAUUUGGAGAAUAGAUAGAAGCAAGAGAUGUGGGUAUGAGAGACCAGUUGGGCUAUUGCAGUUUCCGAGGUGGGGAGAGCCAGUGCUGGGUGUUGGCAGUGGAUGAGUGGGAACAGAGUCUAGAAUAUAGCAGGCAUGUCGCCUAUGUGUUAAAAGUGUAAGUCUGCCACUUGAUAACUGACUGAGAAAAAGUUAUUUAACCUCUAACCUGUAAGGUUGAAAGAACGAUAGAAUCUUUAUCACAGAGAUGCUAUAUGGGUUAGAUUAAAUACAGUAAGUUUAAAACAGUGGUAGCAAUAUGAUGGGGGGUGGGAUGGGGGAAUAGCUCUAACAACUGGGUGAAUAAUAGAUCAGUUAAUGAGAUGGGAAAGCUAGUAGCUCAACUUGAGUGCCAAACAAGUCACCUAGACUGUUGGAUAUACAGAUGGAAAACUGGGUAGAGGAGUUCUCAUCGUGGAGCAGCGGAAACGAAUCCAACUAGGAACCAUGAGGUUGCGGGUUCGAUUCCUGGUCCUACUCAGUGGGUUAAGGAUCUGGUGUUGCCGUGAGCUGUGGUGUAGCUUGCAGACGCAGCUUGGAUCUGGCAGUGCUGUGACUCUGGCAUAGGCCGGCAGCUGUAGCUCCAAUUCUACCCCUAGCCUGGGAACCUCCAUAUGCCUCGGGUGUGGCCCUAAAAAGACAAAAAUGACGACGACAGCAACAACCAAAAAAACCUCGGUAGAAAAACCUGGACUAGAGAUAAAAUUUAGAAGUUAGUUAUACUGGAGUCCCCGUCAUGGUGCAGCAGAAACAAAUCCAACUAGGAACCACGAGGUUGCGGGUUCAAUCCCUGGUCCUACUCAAUGGGUUAAGGAUCUGGUGUUUCUGUGAGCUGUGGUGUAGGUUGCAGGCGUGGCGGGGUCCUCCGUUGCUGUGGCUCUGGUGUAGGCUGGCAGCUACAGCUCCAAUUCCACCCUUAGCCUGGUAACCUCCAUUAUGCUGCAGGUGUGGCCCUAAAAAGACAAAAGGAAAAAAAAAAAGUUACUGAUAUCUAGUUAUUAAAGCAUUAAGAAUAAAUAAUAUUGUCCAGAGUAGAGUGAGAAGGGACACUGGACAGCUCUGAGGAAACCUUUUUAAAAUCAGAGUAAUUGCCUACUCUUUCUGAAGCAGAGUAGUGUAAUGGAAAAAGUGUAGAAGUUCCCGCUGUGGCACAGCGGGUUAAGGAUUAGGCGUUUCGCCAGCUAUGGCUCAGGUCACAGCUUCUGCUCAGGUUCGAUCCCAAAAGAGUAUAAGCGUUUGGAUCUUCAUCCUUGUCCUUGAUUUCUUUGCCUGUAAAAUGAGGAGAGAUCUGCUCCCUCUAAAGGUGAUUGUACCUCCCCCCACUGUAUUUAUUGUAUUUGUUUUGUUGUAAAAAUUUGUUUAAACUCAAAGUAUGUUUUUGUGUUUUCAACAGCUAUACCAGAUAGAGCACAAAAAAAGGAAUAAUACUUAAGCUCUGAGCAUUCUGCAUGCAUUCAGACCAUAACUUUUUGUCAUUAUAGAUGGGGAACUCGGGCAUGGAGGGACUUAAUCAUCUAACCUAGAAGGUGUGGAUAGGAAUGGAAGGUCAACUAGAACCAACAUAGCACUCAGUACAUGUUAACAGACAUAAAUCAUAUAAUAAAAAAGGCUGUGCUUUUUUA